CGACCUAUGUGAAGGUGUAUGUGUUGGAGAAUGGGGCGUGUCUGGCUAAGAAGAAGACCCGAGUGGUGAAGAAGACUCUAGACCCGUCCUACCAACAGGCCCUGCUGUUUGAAGAGAGCCCUCAGGCCAAAGUCCUCCAGGUGAUUGUGUGGGGUGAUUAUGGGCGGAUGGACCACAAGUGCUUCAUGGGCAUGGCUCAGAUCAUGCUGGAUGAGUUGGACCUUGGUGCCACGGUGAGCGGAUGGUACAAGCUGUUCCCCACCUCGUCCCUGGCUGAUAUCGGACCCCUCACACGACGACUGUCCCAGUCCUCACUGGAGAGCUGUGCCACCAGCCCCUCCUGUAGCUAGACAGAGAGAACUAUAUAGUACACACACACACACACACACACACAGAUCCUCAGAUCUGUCCCCAUAACU